AUGGGGAUCACUAUUCAGACACUCGCAAUUUCAGCCCUGGUGACUACAAGCUACGCCUCUCCUUUGAUCUACCCUCGGGCAGUAAACACAUCCUAUACCAAUUCCAACGGCUUGACAUUCAGCCAUUUCAACGGUUCUCUUCCAAAUGUUACCAUCCUAGCCACUGGCGGCACCAUCGCCGGCACAAGCGACGACAAAACCACAACAGCAGGCUACAAAUCUGGCGCCCUAGGAAUCAAUACCCUCCUCUCUGGAAUACCAGAUAUCUUUAAGAUCGCCAAUAUCGCCGCCAUUCAGGCACACAACGUCAACAGCGGCGACAUCUCCUCAUCUCUCCUCUUAAACCUGACCCAGACACUCCAGACACAAGUUUGUGAUGAUCCAACCAUGUCCGGAGCCGUGAUCACCCACGGCACCGACACCCUCGAAGAAUCUGCCUUCUUCCUCGACGCGACAGUAAACUGCGGCAAGCCAAUCGUAUUCGUCGGCUCGAUGCGGCCCUCUACCGCCAUCUCAGCGGAUGGACCCAUGAACCUUCUCCAGGGAGUAACCGUCGCCGCAGACAAGAACUCUAGGGACCGUGGAGCCUUGGUUGUUCUGAAUGACCGGAUUGUCUCGGCUCUCUUCGCAACCAAGACUAGUGCGAAUACCGUGGAUACCUUCAAGGCAUAUGAGCAGGGGAGCCUGGGAUUCAUUGUGUCCAAUAAACCGUACUUCUAUUACCCGGCUGUGCAGGCAAAUGCCAAGCAUGUGGCUGAUGUGUCCAAUGUGGAUGCCAUGCCUCGUGUGGAUAUCCUGUAUGCCUAUGAGGACAUGCAGAUCGAUUCGAUUUACAGUGCCGUGAAGAAUGGUGCGAAGGGUAUCGUGAUUGCUGGUGAGGGUGCAGGUGGUGUUUCCACAGAUUUCGCUUCUGCUAUCAAUGACAUUGGUGUGAAGCAUAGCAUCCCUGUCGUCUUGUCACACCGUACUGUGAACGGCGAAGUCCCCACAGCCGAUUUCACCGGAGAGAACGCAGAAACCAAGAUUGCCAGUGGAAUGUUCAAUCCCCAGCAGUCGAGGAUUUUGCUUGGGCUGUUGUUGGCAGAGAAGAAGGGUUUUAAGGAGAUUAGAGAGGUGUUCUCGAAGGCUACUGUUGCUUGA